UCAGUUAAAUAACAAAAGACAAACAUUUUUGGGAUUUGAUUGAUUUCUUGUUGUUGUUUUUUUUUAAGAGAAACAGCUGAGGGCUACGAGAGAAUAAGAAAAAAAAUUAGGCAGUAAUCUAAACGACCGAACAAACAAACAAAUAAACAAACAAACAUGAAACAACAAACACCACACAAGCAACAUUCCAACAUUUCUACAACUCAGGAUAAUACUAUUUCAUCUAAUAUCAAUAGAUAUACUUAUUCAAUUAACAAUAAAGGACAAGAGAAGAAAAUUAUUGCAUGUCGACAUAAAUCAUCAAAUAUAAAUAAUCAACUAAGAACGAAUGAAAAAUCUGAUCACAAAUUAUUGACCAAUCAAAAAAUGACUGGAAUAGAAAAUGUUAUUCAUGUUGCAUCUGAUUCACAUCCAUGUCAACAAAAAUCGCCAUCGCCAUUAUUAUCAUCUCCUCUCCUUAUUCAAAAUAAUAAUAAUAAUAAUAAUAAUUCAAAUCGUUAUCAUUUAAUGAAUUCAAAACAACGUAUGAAACAUAAGGAUUUAUCUCGUUCGUUUAAAUCACCUGUAUCUAAUGAACAUGAAUGUAAGUUAAAACAAUAUGGAUUAAGUACGGAUAAUAGUCAUCGUGAAAUAAUUCCAGGAAAUCAUACAAUAUCACUAGCACCGACUACUACUACUACUUGUAGUAGUAGUAGUAGUAGUAACAUAAUGACAACAAUUAAUACAACUAGUUCAGAAAUUCAUGAACCUACAUUUUAUAAUCAAUCUGAAAAUAUUGAAAAUAUGUAUGCAUUUGGACGAGUUAUUGUUGAAAUUACAAAAGAGGAAAAAUCCAAUUUAGGAUUAACUGUUUCAGAUAGUUCUAAUCAAGGUGAAGCUCCAGUUAUUUUAAAUAUUCGUCCUGGAAGUGUUGCAGAUCGAAAUGAUUGUUUCCUGCCGUAUGAUCAUAUUUUAUCGAUGAAUUUUAUGAAUGUAUCGAAUGAAAAUUCCACUUCAAGUAAACAUUUGGGCUCAAAAAUUCAAAUGGAAAUCGGAUAUGAAUUGCCAUCAUUACCUCCAGUUGGUUGUACUGUGAAACAUAUGGUUGUUAAUUUGAAAAUUGGAUCUGACGGCGUUGGUUUAGUAAUUCGUGGUGGAUGGAAUAAAUCAGCCUUACUCAUUCGACCAUUGACUGUUAUGCAUAUACGUCAAAAUAGUGCUGCUGAUUGUGAUGGACGAAUUAAACCCGGAGAUCGUAUACUCACAAUUAAUAGUAUACACACAGGCCAGUUAACAUGUGAAGAAGCAAUGAAAUUAAUACAAUCUAUUAGAAAUUAUUUAACAUUAACUAUAGAAUAUAAUGUAGCCAAUUUCGAAGAAGAUCGUCAUAUGUCUGGCGCAGUUGUAGUUGAAAUUGAAAAACCUGCGAAUGAAGAUUUAGGAAUUAGUCUGGCACCAUGUCAUGAAGUGAAAACUGGUCAAAAUGCAUUUUUCAUUGAUAAUAUCAGACAAGGAAGUAUAGCAGAUAGAUGCGGAGCGCUAUUUCAAGGUGAUCGAGUUGAAUCAAUUGAUAAUAUAUGCGUAGAAAAUAUGAAACUUCAAGAAGCAAUGUAUCGAUUAAAAAAUAAUGGUUUAAAUGUGAUACGUUUACAAAUUGUUCCGAAUGCUAUCAUGAAUUCCGAUAAAUCAGUACAAAAUAAUUCAGAAUGCUUAAAAUCCAUGAGAUCUUUAAGAUCAACAACUCCACUGAGUAGUAGUACACCAACAGCAGCUUGUCGAUGUGAAGAAGUUGAAGUACUGCUUGAACCAUAUGAAUACAUCGGCUAUGGAUUUACAUUGAUAGCUCCAAUAACAAAUCAAUUCUCUUUGGAAUUGACCAGUUUUCCUUUGAUCGAUCAAGUGGAUCUACGUGGACCAGCAUUUAAAUCUGGUGUUAUUCAAGAAGGUGAUAGGGUAAUCUGCAUUAAUGGUCAAUCUACAUUGAACAGAACUAUUGAUGAACUGAUUCAGAGGUACUUAGAACCAGCUGAUAUUGACAAGAAAUAUUUUCGUGUUCAAUCAUUAACACUUUUGAUACAGUACACUGUAGCAGAUUCAGUGGUUCCUGCAACAGGUAUUUUUGAUGUAAAAUUGAUAAGAAGAUCAGUCAGCUUGGGUAUUAAUCUUCAAGCAUCAAUCAAUAAAACAGCUGGACAGCCUUUGUUAAUUAGUAAAGUUAUUCCAGGUAGUGUUGCAAGUCGUAGUGGUUCUAUCAGUCCAGGUGAUAUCUUGUUAGCUGUCAAUGGUAUUCAUCUUUCAUCAUGUAGUCUUUCUGAGGCAAUACAACUUUUACAAUCACCAGACGAUGAUAUAAUCAUAUUGAGAAUACAAAAAAUGGAUGCUUAUUCGUCAAAACCAGGAUUAGAAAUGAAGCAUGGCUCUGAUAAUUCUGUUUUAAAUGAUCAUUGUUACGAUAGACAACCUCACCAAAAACAACAACAACAACAACAACAUCAACGUAAGCAGUUGUAUCGAAAAAGUUUUGACGAGAAUUUAAUUCAUAAGUGUUUAAAACCGGAAACACAAUUUAGAACGCCACAAAAUGAAGAUGCUUACAGUAGAGAGAAUUCCACUGAGGAUACAAAGAAAUUAUCAGAUCAUAAUACCUCAUCUACUUCAUCAUAUUCUCAUGGUCAAUCAUCUCGCAAAUCAUUUCGCCAUCAGCAACAACAACAACAACAAUAUUCUACAGUAGUACAACAGUAUCCAAUUGAAAAAUUAUUUCCCAGUGAUUUGGGCGAAUCUGAUAAGUUGUGUAGAUAUCCUGCUGGUACCAGUAAUAGUCCAACAGUAAAAGAUCAUACACAUCGAUUGCAUCCAUUUCAAAAUGUUAAAGGUCAAAAACCUAAUCAAGAUGAAUCAGAUCGAAAUCAAUUCGAUAAUCUGCCUAGUCAAUGCAUGAGUUCUAAAUUAGAUUAUACACUAGAACCUGAAAUAAAUGUUGUUCAAGUGAUAUUACGACGUAAAUCAUCGAAUUGUCCAUGGGGUAUCACGAUUUGCGGAACAGACGAUGCACCAGACAUACCUGUAUUGAUCGAUUCAUUAAAUCCUGGAGAUCCUGGUGCUGAAUGUGGUCUCAUUUAUCCUGGUGAUCGAAUUAUCGCUAUCAACGGUAUCACUUUGCAUAAUGGUCAUACAUUAACACAAGCAAUGCGUAUGCUACAACAUUUCCCGGAUAAAGUUAUUUUACAUAUUGCACGUAAAUCAAAUUUAUUGCCUACAACUUCUGUUACUACUACUACUAGUAGUUGUUGUAGUACUACUGUUACAUCCGGUAAUAUUGGUCCGAUGCUUAGUGAACAAUUAAUUGCUAAAACCAAUAAUAAUAAUACAAUAAUUAGUGGACAGAAACAACAAACGAAUCAUUUUCCUUUAUCUAGAAGAUGUACACUUGAAAAGGUUGUAGCUACAAGUAAUUUCAGUAGAUCAUUCGAUUCAAUAUCAAACAGUCUCAGUUCAAAUUCUGUAUCAAAUACUAAUGUUGGCGAUGGACAACAUUCAACUGGACGUACACUACAGAAUAAUAGUAAUAAUAAUACAAAUAAUAUACGACUACAUAAUCAUUGUGAUGAUCAAAAACUACCUGUACAAAAGUCCACUACCUUACAUGAUCCUAAUCAAUUUGCUCAAGUUAUGGAUAUAUCAUGGCCAAUUUCAAAUAGUUAUCCAGAUAGAAGUAUUGGUAAUGUAUCUAACAUAGUGAGUCGUUCAGUUCCGAAAUCUCCCACAACUGCUUUGAGUUCAGGACCUGGAAUUGUAUCGCCUAAAAAUGUACCUGGAGAGAAUUUAAAUUUAAAAAUACCACCCAAAACAUCUUGUCCUCAACCAGUAAAAUCUCGCCAUCGUUGUUCAUCAUCUUCGUCCAAACGUCGAACACAUUUACAAUCUACUGAUGAGCGUCAAAUUACUGAAGUAGAAAAACCAAAGUAUUCAAAAUUAUUUGUACAACAAUACUCAGAUACUACAACAAGUGAGUUGAAUGAUGAUGAGAAUAUUCAGGAACAACAAAUUGAUUCUAAUCAUCCACUUCCACAUCAACAUCGCCGACGUUCAUCGAAUUAUUUACAUCAACCAUAUACACAUUCAAAUAAAGAUUAUCUACAGAUGGACUUGAAUUUUAUUCAAUGUUCAGGUUGUCGUAAAGCAGUUGAAAAAGAAAUUAAAUAUUAUUUAUCUAAACAACAAAAAUCAUUUGAUGUUACACGACGAGCUUCAUCAUCAAAUAGAAAAGAUGCAACAAGAUCCACUUCUGAAGCAUUUCUCGCAUCAAAUUACUUUGAACCAGAAUUCGAUAGCAUGCAACUUCAUCGACAAUAUCCACAAAAUUUAUUAUCAGAGAAUAGUAAACGACCUGUUUGGUACUUGAGCAAAGAUGAAAAUUCAUUAACUUCUGAUACAUUCUAUGAACCAUCUACUUCUCACUAUGAACAACAACGAAAUUCCAGAUACAUGAAAGAGAAUCCACAAGUUUGUGAAAAUAAAAUGACUACUUCACAUCUGCUCACUGAUCAUCACUCAAAAUCUGAUAGUCGUUUAGAUUUAAUUCGAUCUAUCGAUCUAAGUGAGGAUAGCUCCGAUGUUGACAAAAGAAACAGCUUAAGCGUAACUGAACCAAUAACUAAGUCAAGUGGAUCUUCUCACAUGCAUAAAUCUCAAAAGACCUGCAAUUAUCGGUCGUCUACUACAAAUCCAACUGAACAUAAAACUAUCACACGAAUUAAAUCAAACACUUUAGGAUCACCUAUGAAUAUUAAAACAAUAAAUUCACAUUUAUAUGAUAAUAUUGAAAGAUCACAACAUAUCAAAAAGACUCGAUCUAAAAAAAACCCAUCAACUUUCAAAAAUAUUAAACAAGAACAACAAUUUACUGAAUUAAACACUUGGUGUACAUGGAUUCGAUUGAAAAAAGCAUCAACUACAGAUUCUUAUGGAAUCGGUGUAUCUGAAGGUAUAUCUACUAUGGGCAUAUUUGUUAGUGCAAUUCGUCCGAAUUCACCAGCUGAUUUAUCUGGUAAACUUUUUCUAUACGAUCGUAUUUUAAUGGUGAAUGAUACACCAGUAGAUAGUUUAACUUGUAGCGAAGUGAUAAAUCUUAUUAGUCGUUCAGAAAAACGACUGGAUUUACUAGUACAACGUCGUAUCAUAAAGCAUACACAACGAAGUAAACAUUCACAUCAAAAUGAUACAAUUGAUCUAUCGAAUAAAUCUUUGUUUACUGGAAUGUCAGCGGGAGUCAAAUCAAGUGGUACAUGCACAUCUACAAUGGACAAUGAACAUAUUAACAUUACAGCUCUUUAAAAAAAAAUAGUCAAAUACAUCAUUCCUCUUUUUUAUAUAUAUAUAUAUAUAUAUUUGAAAAUCUUUCUAAUUCACUUUACUUUUCGAACAUGUAUGAAAUAAGUAAGCUUGUAGAACGUUUAACCCGAUGUAAUUGUAUUUUACUGUCAUAAUUGUAUGUAUAUAUAUAUAUAUA